AUGACUGUCCCCAACGAUAACCCCACCGGCGACCAGGCGGCCCAUCCGCGGCAAAGCACCUGCUACAACAGCAAGUAUCUGGCAGAAUACUACGACUUGUGGAUUGGAACAUGGGACGAUAUCCAGUUGUAUUCCCGUCUACUUUCGGAGAUGGUAGCUCGCAGCUCUUCCAACAAUCCAGUGAGGGUACUGGAUGUUGGCACUGGCUCGGGACGAGUUAUCCACGGCCUAGCCAGCACCCAGCAGCAGCAGGGGACCAAAAGCCGGCCGGAAGUACACUUUCUGGGCCUGGACAACGAGCAACAUAUGCUGGAUCGAGCCCGCCUCCUGACCAACCCAGCGCAUGUCGAUCAAAUGACCUGGGUACUGGGUUCGGCAGAGGAACUGGGAUCACUGCCCGCCUUGCAGCAUUCCGACGGAUCAGGAGGCCUCAUCGACAUGAUAGUGUUUGCCUGUGGCAGCAUCUGCCAUCUCUAUGAAGCCGACCAAGGCACCCGGUUCUUCGAGCAGAUAGCCAAGGUCCUGAAGCCCACCACUGGGCGCGCUUAUAUCUCCGUGCUGAAAGCGCUCACCGACGGCGGAGAGCCGCUCGCCCGCGCCAUGGAACCAUCUGAGCCAAUUGUCACGUCGAGCAAGGAAUUCCCUGGCAUCGUCUACCGGGAGACUUGGCCCGCCCAUCAACUGAUAGGGAAGGUGUGGCAUACUACUCGGCAUAUUGUUGUCUUGGAGAGGUCGGCAGAUGGACAGGAAAUCAUCGUGGAGGAUAAUUUGGAUAUUCGCAAGGUUGGAGUGUGGACUGAGGCCGACGUGAGGGCUCGUGCUGCUGCGGCUGGCUUGGAAGUAGUGGACAUUCUGGACCAUCAGAAUGACUCUACCCACGGAGAGCGCAUCUUCGUUCUAGGAACCCUUGCAUGA